AAUCAGCUGUUUUGGGUGGCUAACCAAAACAACAAAGAAUUUGUUUGAGAAAAUUGUUUAUUACUUCUUAUCCGCGGAUUAAAGAGUACUCGUCAUGGAUGGGCAUCUGCGCCUGCACAAGGUAGGCGACUACGCCGCACCGAGUCUCCAGGAGAAGGCCAGCAAGGCGGGCGGCAACAUGGAACAGCUUUCGGGCGUGAUGAUAAUCAUUAUAAUCAGCGGUGGAGUACUUACUUGCUUGAUGCUGUUCAUCUUUGCCAAGCGGCAGAUUAUGCGCUUCCAGCUGCGCGGACGUCGUGGGCCCCACGUUCCUGUAGGCAAUGAUGCCAAGAAGGCGCUAAGGAGAGAGAUUGAGCGGCGCCUGGACUGCAUCCAGAAAAUCACGCAGGAGCCGAAGCUGCUGUGGGACGAUGGCGACAAGUAUAUCGUUCAGCCGGAGCAGGAGUCACCAUUGCCACCCUACUACUACCGCAUGAAGGCGGUUGAUGACGUGAAACUGCUAGAAUCCGAAAUAGCGAGGGCGGACGGUAGCUCUCGACAUUCUCCUGAGAGCUUGAGGGCCUUUUUGCUGACCACUUUAUCGGUGACGCUGAACGGAGCAGGGCAGCGGAUGAUUCACCAAUACUGCGAUAUGUACGAACAUGCUCGGCACGAUCCGAAUGAGUUCGGAAAGGAUGAGUACAAGGCGUAUCAUCAUUUGCUGCUGAAGCUGAUGGAGGCAUCCAAACAGCUAAAGAACUACAACUCUCGUAAGGCAUCGCCUGCUCGAACGCCCAGGAAACAGACCAAAAUGCAUUCCCUGCUGGAUCCUGCGCGCCUGCGUCCGCCCACGACAUUGGAAAAUGUACAGCCCAGCAGUGAACUUACGACUGGACAGCACGCCAAGGUUAAUUUGACUCUGGGUCUGCAGGGCGGUGGUGGUGGUGGCGGUGGCGAUGGUCCCGCCGAGCUAGCCACAAAUCCUCUUCAUCUUCAAGCACCCUCCGACAGAGAUCUCAUUAUUCGCAAUAGAAUUAAGACACCUACACUGGAUGACAUCAUCGUAGAGGCGGACCACCAUCAGAGCAGUGAUGGAGGUGUCAUGGAUGACAACGAGAUUAAGAGUAUAUCAUCAAUGCAGUUUCAGCGGAACUCCAGCAAUGUCUAAGACAAUUUCCAAAGAAUCCAGACACUUUUUCUUUUGUGUCUUAUGGGUUUUAUGUCUGCCAGGAAAAUAUGGGUAUACAUUUUUUUGUUCUUUAUUUAUAUGUUGGAAAAAUGGCGAAUAAAUGCCAAUUGCUAUGCUACCUAUUGUUUAGCCCACAAGAA